UUGAAUAAAGAAUCAUCAAAAGCAUCAUUGCAUUACGCUCGUAAAGCAAACCAAUUGGCCAAACGUGCCCUUACUACAUUCGACGAAUUCCUAUCCACAUUCGUUCGAACGCCCGGUCAACAGAAUAGUCAAAAACCUCGCAAAUUCGCAGAAGACGAGAUUCGCCCGGUUAUGCUUGCCCACUUCUAUUCUGCUCGAUUACAUUCCCGUCUGAUCACGGUCAAUCCGAACGAGUACAUUCGUAAUAUAACUCGAUCGCUGGCCGAAUACCGAAUUGUCGUAUCGAUCGUGGAAAAUCAUGUACAAUAUCAUCCACGCAGCCCGGUCCAAAAUGCCGAGGAGUUGAAGAUCGCACGAGACAUGUGCAACCUGCUCCCAGUACGACUAACCCGACUAGCUCGGGGCGAACCGAUUGCGGCGGUCAAUGCGUGA